UCAAGGCUAUAAGAGAAUACUGAAUUUAUAUAAUUUAUAACCAUUGAGUUGUGGCUUACAUUAAUAAACUUAGCCACGCAAUUGCACAUGCUUAGCUUGCUGUAUAAUGAGGUGGAGGUGCAGAUUUAGUAGUCAAUUAGUGGUCCAGCAACUGCACAUGUACUAGUAUUCUAUUUAUAAGGACAAGUUGGAAAUUUGAAAUAAUUAUUCACAUCGAGGUAAGAAUGUUUCCUUGUGCUGACUUGAACACCUACAGCACAAAUACUUUAGUCCCAAUGAGGUGGACACCACAGACUUUAGUUUGGAAUUUUCGCAUCUGUCUGUGAACUUCCACUCUAUUUUUUGCAGCAAGACUUGUAGUUGUCAACUCUUCUCUGCCCUUCCAGUUCUAGGUAAAGAACAGCAGAAGGCUAUUAAACCUACGUCUGCUCCUGCCUCCUCCGAUCAGCUUCUACUGCAAGUCUCCUAGCUAUAUGGCUCCGUUUCCGUCUGGGAUAAUGUCCCCAGUUGUUGACCUCUUCGUACGCGAGUUAUGGAAGCCAAUUAAGAAGCACUUUGGCUACUGUCUCAAGCCUGAAAGCAAAGUUCGCAAACUAGCAAAAGCUGCUGAUGAUUUGAAGGAAAAUAUAGAUCUUGUGAAGGAGAAAAUUAAAUUGGGUGAACUCGAGGGCAAGAAACCGAGGGUGCAAGCAACAAGGUGGAUAGAUGACAGUGCUAAGUUAGUUGAAGAUGAAUCAUACAGAAUCAAGAAUACGUACGAUGGAAGGAGCACACAUAUCUUUGGUUGCUCCUGGAAUUGUUUCUUCAACUACAGAAUUAGCAGUGCUGCCACCAAGAAGAAGGCUGAUGCUGACGAAUUACAGGAGAGUACUCCCAAGAAUGAUAGUAUCUUCAGUUUGCUCCCACCAGUUGGCAGAGAGCUGCCUCUGCCACCUAACAUCAUGGGGCAAAAUAGGUACAUGAAAGAAAUUGUUGCUUGCAUCAAACAAGGCACCAUGAGCUUCAUUGGGAUAUGUGGCAUGGGAGGGGCUGGCAAGACUACUCUCCUUAAGCAAUUAAAUAACAUAUUCAGCUGUGCUGCAGAAACACAUGAAUUCGAUUACAUCAUUUAUGUGGAAAUUGGUCAGCAGCAAGAUCUUGAUACGGUUCGGCAAAAUGUUGCAUCCCAACUUGGCUUGGUGAUAGGAAAGGAUGAAAGCACAACAUUUAGAUCUUCAUCCCUUUAUAACUUCUUGAAAGAAAGGAAGUUUCUGUUGUUGAUAGAUGACCUUUGGCAAACAUUGGACCUAGUGCAGAUCGGCAUACCGCAAGGUGGCAGGCUGAUUGGCCCUCAAAAUAGGCAGAUGAUAGUAAUCACCACACGCUUACAGCAUCUAUGUCACAGAAUGCAAGUGCAUGGUCAGGUGAUUAUGUUACAAAGGCUGGAGUUUGAGGAAGCUUGGAAUCUCUUUGAUGCGAACGCAGGAUGCAAUAGAGUAACCAACAGCAGUGCACAAAUCAGAGUUUAUGCCAAGAGUAUUGUGAAUAUGUGUGGAGGCCUUCCGUUAGCUCUUAAGAUAGUUGGUCAGGCUAUGGCAUCAAAAGAAAGUGAACAUGAGUGGAAGCAUGCUAUGAUAUUGCUUCGACGGUCUCAGUUCCACAAAGUUCCAGAUGCAGAAAGUAACCUAUUUUCUUUGCUGUAUAUUAGCUAUGAAAACCUGCCAGAUGAGAGGACAAAACACUGUUUUCUUUUCUUUGUCUUGGCUGGAUAUGAUCAUUAUAGUUACGUUCCGUAUGCAAUAAAUUUAUGGAUAGGACAUGGAUUUCUCGAUGAAGAUGAUGACAUCAGAAACAACUAUUUGAGAGGUCACUCCGUUGUUGGAUGUUUAAAAAGAGCCUGCCUGUUAGAAGAACAUCCUCGAGGGGAAAAUUAUGUGAGGAUGCACGAUAUAAUCCGAGGUCUAGCUCUUUGGAUUGUACAAAUGCAACAGGGUGAUAGACAUAACAAUAAGUGGCAAGUGCGCCUCUGUGGAGAACCUAUGGAACCAGAAGAGUGGAGCACUGCCCAGAGGAUUUCGCUCACGGGCAUGAAUCCUAUUAAUAUCCCCGAUUCUUGCAGUUGCAUUUGCCUAUUGACUCUCUCGGUUCCAAGAAGCAAGAUUAUUGAAAGUGUUCCUACUGGCUUUUUCAGAACUGCUCCGUCUCUCACCUACUUGGAUCUAAGCCAAACCAAUAUUCAAGAACUUCCAUCAGAUGUUGGAGCAUUAUUGAACUUGCAACACCUUGAUCUUUCACACACCCCAAUCCGAGCAAUCCGAAUGGAGCUUCAACUAUUGAAAAGUUUGAGGUACCUAUACUUAGGGCAUACGCGUCGGCUGAAAACUAUCCCAGAUGGGACCAUAUCUUCACUAAGUAUGUUGAGGGUACUCGAUUUAUACAACAGUGGUCUUUUCUCAGUGGACAGAACACAGACAUACAUUGAGGAGCUGGAGAGUUUGGUAUGGUUACAAUCUCUUGGGUUCACGGUGGAUGAUUCUGAGUCGCUUCACAGGCUACUCAAUUUUUCUAAUAACUCCUUGAAAUUCCUUAAUGUACAAGGAGUUGAAGGCUUGCAAUUUCUCCAUAUUUCACCGUCGCUUAUUGGCAUAAUGAGGGCACAUCAACUCGAGAAGUUGAUGUUUCGUGGAAUGAAAAGCCUGGAGGAGUUGCUGAUUGGUGAAACCAUUGUGGCUUCAGAUUGGAACUUUCAAAGCCUUGACGAUCUUAUAUUGGUUGAUCUCCCAAAAUUGGAAAGCAUUGUAUGGAAAGGUGUGGUGCCACAUGUUUGCCUUCCCACACUUCGUUUUCUAGUGAUGUAUGGCUGCCACAGCAUCAAGACACUUACGUGGAUCAAGGAGCUGCCCUGCCUAAAAGAGAUAUAUCUAAUUGACUGUGGUUCAAUGUUGGAGUUGGUGGCUGAUGAUGAAGAAGCAAACACGUCAACUGCUGCACAUUCAUUUCCCCGUCUCAAGUUACUUGGACUAAGCCAGCUUGGGAACCUGCAGAACAUAUGUCGUGGCACACUUUCUUUCCCGUGUUUUCAGCGGUUACUUGUGUACAAGUGUCCUAUGCUAGUGAAAUUGCCAUCCGGAUUAAUGACAGAGGAGCGUCUGCCACUGAUACUCGGAAGACAAGACUGGUGGGAACAACUAUGCUGGGAGGAUAGUAGCGUUGAAUCUACUCUCUUCCCAUUCUUCAGAGAAUUGCCUGCAAGUUUUCGAGGAAAUUUCGUAGAUGUUGGCAAUGCAUUAAUUAUGUAGAUAGAAGAAGGAACACGACUGCUGGAACUGUAUGUCGCGAAAUAUAACAUUGUGAGAAGGUUGUUGAGAAACUCGCAGAUGGCGGGGAGAUCCUGACCAAUGUCUGGGAUCUCUUCUAUCUUGCCGGCAUCCUGAAUCGUCCCUAGAAGCGGACUGCGCGCAUUGCCUAAAGGUUAGU